GAUAAGAAAAUUAAUUCUCUAUGCUUUCACUCUGUUUGCGAAUUUCAAAGUGAGGUUAGAUAUUUUGUCUUGACAUAUUUACAGUAUUUUUCAUUUUCCUAAAUCUCGCUCAAUAAAAAAUAUAUUUUUCAAUAUGUCUACAUUAUCAAGAGUUCUAAGGUUAUACCCAAAAUGCCAAUUUGGAAAAGUCCUCAACAAUGGACAAUUAGGAAUGCUUCAGGCAAUAAGACCAGUAACUUUCAGGGUGGAACAAGCUAAACCGGUCAUUAAGAUGGAUCACGAUGAGAAAAAUAUGAACCUCAGCAGACCUAUGUCACCCCAUCUUACAAUAUAUGCACCUGAAAUUCAGAGCUUUUUGUCUAUUACCCAUAGAGCAAUGGGUAUGGUCAUGACUACUUAUCUGUUUGGGUUUGGUAUUGGAACAUUGGUUUUACCUCAGGACAUCAGCACCUAUAUUGCUGCAGUGGAUGCAAUGAGUAUUCCGUCACCUAUACUGUUUGCUGGUAGAUUUUUAAUGGUGCUACCUUUCACUUACCAUGCAAUUAAUGGAAUUAGACAUCUGAUAUGGGACAUGGGAAAACUUCUUUAUAUUAAACAAGUUUUACUUAGUGGUUAUGUAGUAAUGGGAAUAUCAGUAUUUCUUGCCAUGGGCCUUGCCAGUUAAACAAGAAAUUGUACAUACUGUUAUUUAUUUAAAUUAUUAAUUAUAUAAAAUUAAUUCAAUAAUUUCAACUGAAUAACAGUGUUAUUAUGUAUUAACGCACCAUUAAAUAACUUGUAGAAUCAGUAUUUUGAAAUUUUACAAACAAUGAUGAUUGGCGACUGUGAAAGUGAUGUUAAUUUGUUUAAUAAAUCUG